AUUUCGCCAUCUGUAUGGACAGUGAUUCGUUCUUAUGGGUUAUUGGGAAGUUUAAGAGGAUCAAGAGGAGGAAAGAAAAGAUGUCUAAACCGGGUUUAUUCGAUACCCAUUCUUGAAAAUCGAUAUCGUACAAUAUUUGUUAGGCAAAAUUCUGGUGUAAAUGUGUCAAACUUAUUAAAUAUUCAAAGUCGAACAAAUUGCAGUGUGCAACCAACCGUUCCACCAGACAAUACUCCCAGAAUAAAUAAUAGAUCGAAGCUGAAAAUUGCACAUUUAAACGUUCGUUCAAUAAAAAACAGAGAUCAUUUUCUCCAAACUAAGUUUAUCGUGCAAGAAAACGAAUAUGACAUUUUCGCUGUUUCUGAAUCUUGGCUAAAUUCGACAGUCCGAAAUGCGGACAUAGAGAUUGAGGGAUAUUCGUUGUCCAGACUGGAUAGAUUAAAUAAAGCUGGAGGAGGUGUUUGUGUUUAUACGCGGGCCUCGUUAAAA